CACAUAUUUGAGAGGGCGAAGCCAAAGAGAACUUGCAGUGUAGCUUUACAGUCAGCUCAGAUCUGACAGUCCUGUCCUCUCUCUCUCUCCCGUUCUCCUAAAGGCAGCUUCAUCUUUCACCUUUCUUUUGAAACACUUGGGAAAACAUCUCUAAGCUACCAUGGAUGCCAUCAAGAAGAAGAUGCAGAUGCUGAAGCUUGACAAGGAAAACGCCUUGGACAGAGCUGAGCAAGCUGAAGCCGACAAGAAGGGAGCAGAGGACAGAAGCAAACAGUUAGAGGAUGAACUUGCUGAACUGGAAAAGAAAUUACAUAUAACAGAUGAUGAAAGAGACAGAGUCCUAGAUGAGUUCAACAAAGCUGAAGAACAUCUCCUAGCUGCAGAGAAGAAUGCUGCACAGCUCGAGGAUGAGUUAGUAGCACUGCAGAAGAAACUGAAGGGUACUGAGGAUGAGCUGGACAAAUACUCUGAGGCCUUGAAAGAUGCUCAGGAGAAGCUGGAACUUGCUGAGAAGAAAGCUGCAGAUGCCGAGUCUGAAGUGGCCUCCCUGAACAGACGUAUCCAGCUGGUUGAGGAAGAGUUGGACCGUGCUCAGGAGCGUCUGGCCACUGCCCUGCAGAAGUUGGAAGAGGCGGAGAAAGCAGCAGAUGAGAGCGAGAGAGGCAUGAAAGUUAUUGAAAACAGAGCACAAAAAGAUGAGGAGAAAAUGGAAAUCCAGGAGAUCCAGCUUAAAGAGGCCAAGCAUAUUGCUGAAGAGGCUGACCGCAAGUAUGAGGAGGUGGCUCGUAAAUUGGUGAUCAUUGAAGGUGAUCUUGAACGCACUGAGGAAAGAGCUGAACUCUCUGAGAGCAAAUGUGCCGAGCUUGAAGAAGAGCUGAAAACUGUGACCAACAACCUCAAGUCAUUGGAAGCUCAAGCUGAAAAGUACUCUUUGAAAGAAGACAAGUAUGAAGAAGAAAUCAAGGUCCUAACUGACAAGCUUAAAGAGGCUGAGACCCGUGCUGAAUUUGCAGAGAGGACAGUUGCCAAGCUGGAGAAGUCAGUUGAUGACUUAGAAGAUGAGUUGUAUGCUCAGAAACUGAAGUACAAAGCGAUCAGCGAGGAGCUGGACCACGCUCUCAAUGACAUGACUUCCAUAUAAUCAUGCUUUACCUCACAGUUCCUUGGAUGUCUUCAGCCGACUGGGUGUUGGUCUUUCUGAGUUUCUCAUCUCUCCAUCUGUACUGUCAGCACUUUCUACUCUGCUUAAAUGCUUUCUCAGGGCAUUGCCAUUGUUUUUUGUAGUCUAUUUUAAAGAAACUGUUCUGUUUUUCCUUUCUUGUAAAUUAAAAUUCAGAAUAUGUAAACAGUAUUUACUUUUUGUCAAUAAAUAUCAAUAAAAACACACUGGAAGAAA